CGCCUUAGCCCUUUUCUUGAUUUUCUUCAUGGAAAUUUCAAAGUUGGAUGGCAAGUCCUUUUUGGAGUGGCAACAACAACAGCAGUAUCAAAUUUUACAAAAGAGGAAGAAUCAUUAGUAACACAAAUAUUUCACAAUCAAAAGCUGGAACAUCAAAAGCAGUACAACAAGAUUCUUCUGAGUCUGGAUCCUCAGAGGAAGAAGAAUCUUCAUCACCAUUAUAACAAUCAAAAUGUAGACGAUGACGAAGACGAAGAAGAAGAAGAAGAAGCAGAAAAAAAUCAAGAAUCCCAUUUCCAUAUCCACCCUCAACAACAAGUUUUUCAUUUUCAACAACCCCACGAACUAUUUUUACACUAUCAAGAUUCAGAAACUCAACAAACCCAACCCAAGAAACGCGCAUAUUUUCCUCCUCCUUCUUCGUCUUCUUGCCAAAAGCAAAAAGUCGAACAUGCAAUGGCAACGGGAAAGUCAACAUCAUCAAGAUUUGGUUCAAGGAAUUCUGGUGACCGUGGAGAGAUUGUGGAAGUGCAAGGUGGGCAUAUUAUAAGGUCUAUUGGUAGAAAAGACCGGCACAGCAAGGUUUGUACAGCCAAAGGCCCGAGGGACCGGCGAGUACGCCUUGCUGCACAUACAGCCAUUCAAUUCUACGAUGUUCAAGAUCGACUUGGCUAUGACCGUCCGAGUAAAGCUGUCGAUUGGCUUAUAAAAAAGGCAAAAGCUUCUAUUGAUGAACUAGCAGAACUUCCCCCCUGGAAUCCAAGCAUUGGUCCUACAACAAACAAUACUUUUGAUCAAGAAAAUAAGCAGCAACGUGAGAAUGGUACCAUCCACCAUGAAGAUGCUAAAUUGGUUGGUAAUAAUGUUAAUAAUGUUAUUGGGCAGUCAAGUAAAAGGGCAAUGCUUAUGUUGGGCAAUGAAAGUGAUUCUAGAGUUUUGCACCAGACAAACAGUGCAAGCUCAAGUGGUGAAAAUGCAAAUGCAAAUGCGAGCUUUUUGCCUCAAUCUUUAGAUUCUGAUCACAUUUCUGAUACUAUUAAGACUUUUUUCCCUAUGGCUGGUUCAAAUGAAGGUAAUAAUUCUUCAGCUAUGCAGUUCCAGAGCUACCAAGAACAUAAUAUGCUGUCAAGAACUAGUAGCCAGAGUCAAGAUUUGAAGCUUUCAUUACAAUCUUUUGAACAAGAUCCUAUUUUGCUUCACCACCAAAACCAGCAAUCUCAGCAUCAAAGUCAUUUUCAAGCAGCAAACUUCUUUACUGGAAGCACCCCGCUUAUCGGGUUUGAUGCUUCAGGCUGGCUGCCUGAGCAUCAGUAUCAGCAGCAGCCAAUGCAGAGAUUGGUUGCUGCUGCGCGUGCCGGUGGAGACACCACCGGCAUCUCUCUUGGUGGCGGGGCGGUAACAGGAGCAGGAAGCGGGUACUUGUUUAACUUGCCUCCUCCUGCCCCACCACCAUUAUUGCUACAGCAGUUGUUCGGCCAACAAAAUCAGUUUUUGUCUCAGAGGGGACCCCUUCAGUCCAGUUACUCACCUUCGAUUUGUGCAUGGAUAGAUCCAUCAGCGAUCGCUAUUGCCACAGCUGAUCCAAUUCAUCACCAUCAAGCUGUGCUACCUAUGUAUUCAACAUCAUUUUCCGGCAUUGGAUUUGCCUCGGAAGUAGGUGGAUUCUCCAGCUUUCGCAUUCCUGCACGACUACAAGGUGAAAUAGAGGAGCAUGGUGGUAUUUCCGACAAGCCAUCCUCUGCUUCCUCUGAUUCACGCCAUUGAGUUAGCUCGACAAAUGCUCUCCCUUGACUGCCUGACAGGAAAGAGUACUAUACUUCAAGAUGGAAAUGGGAAAGGACAGGUCAGAGAAAGGGCUAUGGUUCAUUAUCGAGUGAUUCAGUGGCAAUGCCCCGUGGAAGAAGAAUCCUGAGCAUAGUUUCAGGUUUUUUUUUUCAAUUAAAUCUCGGUGUAAUAUUCUAUCUUAGUUCUUGUAUCAGUGUGUUUUUCUAGCUCAACUGCUAAUUUAGGAUUGCUGUAUUUCUGUUUGCCAGACUUGUCAAGUUGCUGUUGUUUUUGCUUAUUAUCUUCAGUUCAUGUAUUAGAGAUCUUCAAGCUAGAACAAGUAAUUUUCUGUUGAAUGUUUCUUUAAUCUUGAGUGCCAA